AUGAAACAUAUUUCCACCUUGGCACUCGCUGCCAGCACCAUCAUUGGAGCCGAAGCCAUCACCCUGCAAAAGCGUUCAAAUGGCGCACCGAGGGUCGUCGAGCACGAGAUUCAAAGAAAGCACGUCGAGAANCCCCUGAAGAGAGACCGUCUACGAAGACGUCAGAACACCAUCCAGGAAUCGCUGGACAACGAGCAAACCCUCUACUUUGCCAAUGCCUCCAUCGGCACACCGGCGCAGAGCUUUAGGCUACACAUCGAUACCGGAAGUAGUGAUCUCUGGGUCAACGUCGCCACCUCUUCGCAGUGCGAGAACACACAACAGAACGACUGCUCAAUCUCGGGCACCUACGCUCCCAACUCAUCCUCGACUUACGAGUAUGUUAACAGUCUUUUCAACAUUUCGUAUGUUGAUGGCUCGGGUUCAUCGGGCGACUAUGCUACCGAUGUCUUCCGCAUCGGUGGUGCCGAGUUACAAAACCAGGAAUUCGGUAUUGGUUACGUGUCGAGCUCCGAGGAGGGUAUCCUUGGAAUCGGUUAUCCUACCAACGAGGCCAUUCUUCAAUAUUCGACGGAGCCUUACGUCAACGUGCCCCAGCACAUGAUGCAAGCUGGACUCAUCAACACCAAUGCUUACAGCUUGUGGUUGAACGACCUCGAUGCCUCCACGGGCUCGAUUUUGUUCGGCGGUGUCAACACUGAAAAGUACACCGGAUCUCUUCAGACGUUACCCAUUCUCACCGAACAGGGUAUCUACGCCGAGUUUAUUAUCGCGCUCACUGGUGUCGGCUACAACGGCCAAGAAAACUCCAUCGCCUCGAACCUCAACACUGCUGCUCUGCUCGACUCUGGCUCCAGUUUGAUGUAUCUUCCCAACGACGUCACCGAGUCCAUCUACAGCAUGACCGGUGCCAAGUACAGCCAGGAGUACGGUGCUGCCUUCAUUGACUGCAACAUGCGCUACAACGACACCACCAUCGACUUCACCUUCUCUUCUCCUACCAUCCGUGUUAGCAUGUCGGAACUGGUUCUUGUUAUGGGCUACCAGGGUCGCACUCCUCUUUGUAUUCUUGGCAUUGCUCCUGCCGAUGGUACCACUCCCGUCCUUGGUGACACCUUCCUUCGCAGCGCUUACGUCGUCUACGACAUUACCAACAACGAAAUCUCUCUCGCACAAACCAACUUCAACAGCACUGGCAACAACAUCAUGGAGAUUACCAACACCAGCAUUCCCGAUGCUACUGGUGUUGCCUCCGCUGUCACUUCCGUCUCCCAGGAGACUGGUGGCGGUCGUCUUGGUGGCCUCACCAGUGUCACCAGCAGUGGUAUGGGUGCCGUCAUGACUCCUGGACCUAAGGGACUCGGAGCUCUUGCUGCUGUCGGUGCCGCUGCACUCUUUGCUUUGUAA